AUGGCGCAGGCUCAGAGAUACGACUUCGAAGACCAGUUCCGGCUCACCCCACUGAAGGAUAAUCCAGAUGUCUUCACGAAUACGUAUCCGCUCUGGAGUUGGCCCAAUCUCACCAGAGUGGCUGGAUCCAUAACACUAGUGCAAGCAGCACGAGCAGGCUAUUGCACGGUUCCUGACGACUAUGCGAUGCACGGUCUCCAGGCACACUUUCUCAAGCCAGGCUUGCUGGAGACUCCAAUGCAGUACGAAGUGGAAAGAAUCAUGACGUCUCAGAAGUUCGCUUGUCGUACCGUCCGGGUGCGGCAAGAAGGGGUCAUCAGGGCUUAUCUUGUCUUGAACUUCCAGAACAAGGCAAUCGAUGAGAAGAGACCUGCGCCUUUCGAUUAUAUGCCAUCUGUCGACAAGGAGACCCUGCGGGACGUAGCGAAGCCCAUCGACCCGCGACUUGAGGAUUUCAAUCAUAGCAGUAGCGCAGCAGGGCCUCGAAUGCCUCCCGACUGGCCUUCCGCUCCCCGUGGUGCUCAGUAUCCAGCUAUUCGGACGCAGAGACUCAGUGUCUCCGAUGAAGCCGAGAUUUCGGAACGAAUCUAUCGCUGCAAACUGGGCAUCGCAUCCCCCCUCUCCGGCCCGAUGGCACAGAUUCUAGCAAUCGUCUUUCUGUCCGACCUCUAUACCGGGGACGGUCCCCUCACCAUUCAGCAUUUCGAUUUCGGGGCCUUUUCGAUCGGAGACCUGACCAAGACUCCCACCAAGCCUUGUACGACGCAGUGGGCUACUCUGAACCAUUCGCUUCAUUUCCGGAAACUGGAUGGAUGGGAUGCUUGUGAGGAUGUGUUGUUUGAGGUGAAGUUGCGCUGGGCGAAGGGGAGGAGGGCUGUUACGCAGUUGACGAUCAGAGAUAAGAAGGGAGAGGUGAUUGCUACUGCGGAGCAAGAGGCGAGUCUCCCGUCCCGGAGGCCAAAUGAUGCGACUGUUCUAACGUCUUUUGCAGGGUUACUAUGUCUUCAUGCCGGGCGCUAG